AUGUAUAGGAUUCCAGACCAGAUAUUCGACCAGUAUAAUCGUGCGCAGGUUUCAACUAGCAUGGGCUUGUUUGCAGAGCUAAAUCACGCCUGGGUUACAAUCGACAAUGCUCUUUACCUCUGGGAUUAUACGCAUCCAAAUCCUCAAUUGAUAGGGUUUGAGGAACAGCCAAACAGCAUCAACAUGGUCAAGCUUGCGCGGCCUAGGAAGGGCGUCUUUCUUCCGGCAGUCACUCAUAUGCUCGUGAUAUCUACCACGGCAGAUGUUUUCCUCAUGGGACUUGCGUGUGAAAACACCGGCGGAUACAAGUCAGUGACUAUAUACCAGACCGGCAUGUCGGUGCCCAUCAGAGGUCUAGACAUCAAUGUCAUUGCCUCGUCCGACUCGACCGGACGGAUCUUCUUUGCUGGAUCUUCAGACAAUGAUGUGUAUGAAUUGACAUAUCAGCAAGAGGAGAGAUGGUUCCAGGGCCGCUGCAGUAAAGUCAACCAUACAACCAAGAGUUUUACCGCAUUUGCGCCUCAGUUCAAUCUGCGUAACAAACCAACAGAGUUUGUGGAGCAGAUGGUAGUUGACGACAGCAGGAACCUCUUGUACACUCUGUCUUCAAACUCAUCGAUCAGAGUCUUUCACUUGAGGCCCGAUGGAUCCGUCAAUCUUACAAUCACCAAAACUGCCAUCGACAUAUAUUCUAACAUCGGCCAUAUCAUCACCUCAAAUGAAACACUCAACCCUAGGGUCAAGAUCGUCUCUAUCAGCCCCAUUCCAGCCCCAGAAGCAUCUAGGUACCACCUUAUGGCCACAACUGCUACUGGCUACCGAAUCUACCUCAGUGCUACCGGCUCAUAUAGCUGGUCUGCCACCCCAAAUGCAAAUAAUGCUCCUACCAGCAUGCAAGCACAGCACGUUAAAACCCCACCAUCCGACUCUCCUUCAGACCAGGUUCCUCAAGCUGCCCCUGUCCCGGGAGCCCCAUUCCAUACCACUGGCCCUUCUAAAGUCUCAAUACACUCCCUAAACCCCACCAGCUCUGCCGAACGGUUUCCACCUGGGUACUUUUUCUGUUUCACGCAAAAAGACAAUUCCAAGCAAGCGGACACAUUGUUCAUUUCUACGCCAGACUCUGGAAAACUUGCGAUACCCCGGGAUCCCUCCACGCCUAUCAAGCCAGAGGAGACUGGCAUUUGGCUCACCCUUGGUAGUAGGGCAGAAGCAAUCGGCCUUUACACCCCAUACGAUCAAGGUGGCCCCACGAGCAGCGGCUUUGGAAAUGAGUUGGCAGUCCAAUUUGAUAAGCCAGCUGCUGAGAUUGCCAUUUUGACCAACACUGGAGUUCAUAUUAUCCGCCGAAGACGACUUGUUGACAUGUUUGCGUCUCUUAUUCGUAAUUCGGAUGGAGAGGACGGGUUAGAGGAUCGCGUGCAGACAUUUAUUCGGAUAUAUGGUCGAAGCGAAACCAUAGCAACUGCGCUAGCAGUAGCAUGUGGCCAGGGAAUGGAAGUUUCGCCGGAUUCGCGCCUUUCGAAAAUAAAUGAUCCUGACGUUCUCGAAUUUGCCCGAAAAGUCUUCAUUGAGAAGGGUGGAAAGCCAACCAUUAAUGAAAAUGCUGUUACUGAUGGAUCCGUUCCAGCCAUCGAUACGGUUUUGCCUUCUCCUCGGCACGCGGGCAUUGCAUUGUAUACCUCAAGACUUCUGCGAUCCAUCUGGAAGACAGUAAUAGCCCAACAGGGCCGAACACCUGCUGGUGGUCUUUCCAUUUCUCCUGCUGUACCUACAUCUACCUUGCUUACCAUCCAGCGCGAUCUCUCUGCUCUCAAGGACUUCUUCAACACAAACCGAACAUUCAUCGAAGGGUUGAGUGGACCUGACGCGCUAUCGAAGGUAGCAACAAAACAGGAGGAGGUUGCUUUGCAGGCUGAACACAGAGGCCUUCACUCCCUUGUGCAGUUGAUCUCCCAUACCAUUGAGGGGAUCUCCUUUAUUCUCGUUCUUUUUGAUGACAGAGCUGAGGACGUCAUUGCCCUGCUGAACGAAGAUGCCAGAAACCGUUUCUUGGAGCUGACCUUUGAGCAGCUUUUUGCUACUUCCAAGGGACAUGAGACUGCAAAGGAACUUGUCAAAGCCAUCGUGAACCGCAACAUUGCCAAGGGAUCUAAUGUUGAAACCGUUGCCGAAGCUUUACGACGAAGAUGUGGUACUUUCUGCAGCCCCCAGGAUGUUAUUGUAUUCAAAGGACAGGAACUUCUCAAGAGAGCCACUGAAGCUGGACCAAACUCCGAGGUUGGCAGAAACCUGCUAAAUGAGAGUUUGAUGCUUUUCCAGCAAGUGUCAGAGAGCCUCCCUAUGGAUUACCUGAAACCCAGCAUCGAACAGUAUACCCAAAAUCAGUUCUUUGCAGGUGCCAUACAACUUGCUCUCAGCGUAGCUGCUGAUUCUGACAAAGCAAAUCAUGCUCUUUCAUGGAUCAUGGAUGGAAGACCUGCCGAGGAUCCACGAAAGGAAGCGUAUGACUCUCGACAACAAUGUUAUGACCUCAUCUACAAGGUCAUCCUUGCCGUGGAUGAACUUUCUGAGCAGGACAGUUGUGAUGGUCCGUAUAGCCUGAUUGCACGAAGAAGAGCUGAAGCGUAUGAUGUUAUUACCACCUCGCGGGACGAGGUUUUCCUCACUAGCCUUUAUGAUUGGUAUCUCGCACGCGGUUUGAGUGACAGACUUCUCGAGAUCAAGUCUCCAUUUGUCGCUACCUAUCUCGAGAGGAAGUCAACAGAAGAUAUAUUCCACGCUGAUUUGCUCUGGAAAUAUUAUGCACAAUCGGACAGAUUUUAUGAUGCAGCUGUCGUGCAACUCCAGCUUGCAAAGAGCCCCUUCAAACUUACUUUGAACCGGAGAAUCGAGUACCUGGGUCAAGCGAGAGCAAACGCAUCCGUGCAAUCACCCGAUGUUGGACGAGCAGCACGACAGCGCCUCCAGCACGAAGUCGAGGAGCUCCUGGAUGUCAGCCAUGUUCAGGACGAUCUAUUGCAGCGCCUUAAGGAUGACCCUAGACUAGACAAUGAACGGAGAGCUGAUGUACUGGACACCAUGAAUGGAGGCAUUAUGGAGAUCAGCAAAAUGUACAAUGAGUAUGCAGCCCCUGGAAACUACCAUGACAUAUGUCUCCAGAUCAUGUACCUUGCAAACCACCGAAACGCCUCCGACAUCACCACUACAUGGCAAGAUCUGAUCGAAGGAGUCCAUGAGGAGACCUUGAAGAACGGGACACCUCUACCGUAUGAAGCUGUCAUUGAAAAGGUCCGCAGCCUGGCACUUAGACUCCGAAUGUCUGAUGUUGCUUUCCCAGUUAAAACUCUCCUUCCAAUGCUAGAGCGCUAUAGGCUUGAGCAUCAGAAGAACGACGGACCUCCAACCUGGGUUGUCGACCUUUUCCUUGAACUUCAAGUUGAACCGGAAGUUCUAUAUACCGUUCUUGAGUCCUUGUUUUACAAUGAUGAGGUACCUUUCCACGGAGCUAACAGAAAGUUCAUUGGCAAUGACCUUGCCUACCUGAUCUCCAGGUGGUUCAAUGAAACAUCCCGGCUCGGAGGUGCUGCUUUUGGAAGCGAUGUGAUUGCCGCUAGGGUAUCCGAAAUGCUGCUCUUACUACAGCAAUCUCGAUUAGAUAAAGAUGUGGUGCAAGCAUGUCGAGAUAUGAGAGUCAAGCUUGAGCAGUCCUUCCGAUAA